AACGAGGGUUCGUAUGAGGAGAGAGCGGAGCUGCCUUUGUUCCGGGCAGCAGCAGCAGCAGCGUGUUUGUAGCGUCGGACGGUUGAUGCAGCAGCAGUUGGUCUGUUACGGCCGUUCUUGUCCUCAACAUGGUGAAGUUAUCCGCGGAGCUGAUUGAGCAAGCCGCUCAAUAUACCAACCCAGUGAGAGACAGGGAGUUGGACUUACGAGGUUAUAAAAUUCCAGUGCUUGAAAAUCUUGGAGCGACAUUGGACCAGUUUGACACGAUUGACUUCUCUGAUAAUGAAGUCCGAAAACUGGACGGCUUUCCUCUGCUCAAAAGACUGAAAACACUGCUUAUGAACAACAACAGGAUUUGUCGCAUAGGGGAGAAUCUGGAGCACGCUCUGCAGGGUCUGACAGAACUGGUUCUCACAAACAACAACAUUCAGGAGCUGGGUGACUUGGACCCGCUGGCCACAGUGAAGACGUUGAGCCUUCUCAGCUUGUUAAGGAAUCCAGUGACAAACAAGAAGCAUUACAGGCUCUAUGUCAUCAACAAAAUCCCACAGAUCCGUGUGCUCGACUUCCAGAAGGUCAAACUUAAGGAACGCCAGGAGGCAGAGAAAAUGUUCAAAGGCAAACGAGGUGCUCAACUUGCAAAGGAUAUUGCCAGGAAAACAAAAACAUUCACUCCUGGAGUGGCAGCGCAGCUUGAGAAGAAGAAGACGGGCCCGUCUCAAGCAGAUGUGGAAGCCAUCAAGAAUGCCAUCGCUAAUGCUUCGUCGUUGGCGGAGGUGGAGAGGUUGAAAGGGAUGCUGCAGGCUGGUCAGAUCCCAGGACGAGAGCUGAGACAAGGUCCAGCUGGGAUGGAAGAGGAAGAGGAGGAAGAGGAAGACACUGCACAUAUGGAUGGAGGUUCUGGAGAGGAGAUGAAUAAGGGUGACCAAGAGGAGGAUGAAGACAUGGAACAAGAGCCACAUGUUAAUGGCUCCUGAAUACCUGGAAAUAUGUUUAGUUAUUUUCUAUGUUGUUUGAGUUGAACAUGCUUAUACCAGGGCUUUUAUUUGGUCAAAUGCUAUACAUUAAAGUUAAAUUUCUAAUGUUACUCUCCAGAUUUGUUUAAACGGUCAGUGGACACUCAGCUGAAUGCGGUCCAUCUGUGUGCCAAUGUCCUGUGUUUAUGAUCGGCAUCGCACUUCCAUACAGUUGUAGACGCCAACGGCUUUAAAAUGAUAGCAAUCAAAAUGCUAAAAGCUUGGCUUUGACUUUUAGUGACUCAUAGGGGGGGCAUGAUUCAUAGAUCACUGAAGCCUACAUUUACAUAAAUGCAAUAAGAGCUUUGGUUUGUAAUGUUCUGGCUGGUAUCCUUGGAAGUUGUCAUGCUUACAACAUUAAAUCAGUCAAUUUAUUGUAGUUUUUCACAGAUUAACAAUUAUAGAGCCCUUUGUAUCGAACUGUAAACUAAUUUCUACUACACAAUUGUUUUAGUUUUUUUCAUAAAAAAAUAAAAUUGUUUGCAGAAUUCU